AUGUGGACUCCCAGUUAUGUCGCGUGCACGUCCCUUGCCGCCCUCCCUCUCUUGGGCAUGGCAUUCGAAAUUGCCUUCAGUCCGUACAACAUGUACUUAGCCCCGGAUACUUUGUUUGCCUACAAACCACUCCCGGAAUUCAACUGGAGCGUCUACCCUCGGUACACCUGCAACGCUAUAAAUUGGGAAGGCUUUCCAACGAACUCCGAGGGUUUCGUCGCCAAUAUCCUCUUUCGCGAAGCACCCAGGACUCCAGCGAAAAUACCCCAGGUAGUGGCAUUCUACAGCGCUAGGGGUAGUAAGGCACCAGAACAUCGUUUGGAUCCGUGUAGAUAUGAUAACCUUGCGAUAUUAGCGCACAUAGGUCAGAAUCCAGAAGAUACGUCGGGUAGAAUAGUAAAGCUUUCCCCUCGGCGUAGCAAUCUUUUGACGCAUUGGAGAGAGAUCGUACCCGAUUCGAACACUAAUGAAUGGAUGGAUAUCAACUCCGACGAAAUACGACCUUGGCACAUCGGAUAUCUUUUGUUCAACGGCGAGGGUGGUGGAAGGUUUUGGAGUAUUGAUGAAGCGGACCAAUACAAUGGCUAUAUGACCCAAAGCUUGAUAUGUUGGAAUCCGUGGUAUUUCGCUCAUAUGAGAGAAGAUCCGGAGGUUGGAAUGGGUAGUUAUAAUCCCGAAAACGAUAGGGAUGACAAUGUGGGAGAUAGACUUGACGGUUACGCUACACCGGCUGAUAGCGAUAGUGAGAGUAUUGGGCGAGCGCGUGGCUCUGAUGACUCUGAGGAAGAAGAAGAACACGACAAGCGUACGGUAUACACCUCGGACGAAGAUGAACCUAUUGACUACACCAGUUCAAGGCGUGUGUAUAAUCCACCGCCGGCGGAGAUUAUUAGAGGAAAUCCCCGCUGGGUUUAUCGACCGACGACACGAUGCCGCGGGGCCCACCCUAAUUAUGUGGAAUGGCGUAACAACCGGAUCCGCGAUGCGGGGGACCAUAUUAGAUAUGAUCCUAAUACCUACUUGUAUGAAAUGGACUAUGAACGGCUAAUUGGCAGAGGGAACAUCAUUGAUAUAGAAUUAGAAAAACAGCAACAGGAGGAAUUCAGAAGGCAACAGGAAGGAGUCAGGGCUGCCGAGCUGUUUUACGAGGCCUUGGCGAGCGAUAUCGAUCCAAUCCAGCCUUCCGAUCCAAGAAAUGAAAUGUUUGAUGAUAUUUGGCGGUGGGAUAACCCGCUCAAGUUCCAGCCAGAAUCUCCAGACCCUCUACAGGCCCUUCUAGACCGAGAACUGAAUAAUCUAGAGGAAGAUCUACGGGGAACUAGUCUAGAGUUGAGACUACCAAUACCGGCAGACCCCCCAGGAAAGGUUCCAAAAUUUGAUCCGGUUGAGAACAUUGGGUUAGAACCUGUUCCUCGCGUACGAGAAAAUGAGGCACUUGAUUUUGGGCCGAUAAGAUGGGCACCUGAGAAUCAGAUACAUGAUAUUUUUUCGGGCCCGCCUUCGCCAGGUGCUGGCUGA